AUGGCUAUGAGGAAUUACACUUUAGUUACUGAGUUCUUCCUUACUACAUUCACUGAACAUCCUGAAUGGGGGCUUCCUCUAUUCCUACUAUUUCUGAGUUUCUAUUUUACCACUCUUCUGGGGAAUGCAGGAAUCAUCAUUCUGAUCUGCAAAAAUCACUGCCUCCACACCCCGAUGUAUUUCUUCCUCAGCCACCUUUCCUUCGUGGAUGUCUGCUACUCCUCUGUCAUCAUCCCUCAGAUGCUGGCUGUACUGUGGGAACAUGGCACAGUUAUCUCCCAAGUUCGCUGUGCAGCUCAGUUCUUCCUCUUCACCUUAUUUGCUUCCAUUGACUGCUACCUCUUGGCAAUCAUGGCCUAUGACCGCUAUGUGGCCGUGUGCAAUCCUUUGCUUUAUGUCUCCAUCAUGACAGAGAAGACCCAAUUGGGCUUAGUAGCUGGGGCUUAUUUUGCUGGUUUCUUCAGUGCCUUUGUUCGAACAGUAACAGCCUUCACUCUGUCUUUCUGUGGAAACAAUGAGAUCGACUUCAUUUUCUGUGACCUCCCUCCUCUGUUAAAACUCACUUGUGGGGACAGCUACACUCAGGAAGUGGUGAUUAUUGUCUUUGCCAUUUUUGUCAUGCCUGUUUGCAUCUUGGUGAUCUUGGUGUCCUACCUGUUUAUCAUUGUGGCCAUCAUGCAGAUUCAUUCUGCUGGAGGCCGGACCAAGACCUUCUCUACUUGUGCCUCUCACCUUACUGCUGUUGCUCUCUUCUUCGGCACCCUCAUCUUCAUGUACCUGAGGAAUAAUUCAGGCCAGUCAUCAGAGGGGGACCAAGUGGCGUCUGUGCUCUACACAGUGGUGACUCCAAUGCUCAACCCACUCAUCUAUAGCCUGAGGAAUAAGGAGGUGAAGGAAGCGGUUAUGAAAUCCCUGAGCACAUCAAAGGUUUCUAGAAAGCCAUAG